AUGAGUAGAAUACUUAAUUACGGCUCUGUCAACAUUGACGAGUUCUUUUCAGUGCCUCAUAUCUGCCAGCCAGGAGAAACACUAUCUUCAACCGAGUACAUUGUUCGAGCAGGAGGAAAAGGAGCUAAUCAAUCGAUUGCCUGUGCAAAAGCUGGUGCUCGCGUUUAUCACGCCGGAAAGUUUGGUCACGAUGCUGCCUGGGUGAGAGACUACAUGCAGAAAAAUGGCAUAGAUGUGACUUUUGCAGAGCUAAAAGAAAAUGAGAGAAACGGCCGUGCAUUCAUUCAAGUGAGUGCUGACACAGGUGAUAAUUGUAUCGUACUUUAUCCAGGCACAAACGCUACCUAUACAGCUGAGGAAGCGGAAAAAGUGAUAGAUCAUUUCGGACCGCAGGAUUGGAUAGUGAUGCAAAAUGAGAUUAGUGAAGGAGGAGAAAUUAUGAAACGAGCAGCAAACAGGGGAUUGUCUAUUCUUUUCAACCCUGCGCCCAUGACAAAGGGUAUCCUCGAUGUCUUUCCAUUCGAGGAUAUUUCCAUUUUGGUUGUUAAUGAACAUGAAGCGAGAUCAUUAUAUGAAGAACUUGGUGGAAAGGAAAAGGUCGUUGGCUUAGAUCUUGCUGAAAGAUUGCUAUCAGAGUUUAAGGUGAUGCAAGGAGUUAUUAUCACGCUAGGUGGGGAAGGUGUAGUUGCAAAGUUUAGAAAGGAUAAAGAAGAAAGAGGUUUCAAGGUCACUGGUCGUAAAGUGAAUGUCAAGGAUACAACAGGGGCAGGAGACACAUUUGUGGGGUUUUUUCUUGCAGCGUUCAUAAAAUAUGAAAAAGAAGUGUACUUUGAUAGAGUUCAAAAGGCCCUGAAAGAAGCUAAUGUUGCAUCUUCUUUAGCUGUGCAAAAGGAGGGGUCUAUGGCAUCUGUACCUACUCUAAAAGAGGUCUUGGAAUGCAUGGAGUCUCAAUAAAAAUGUCCACAUGAUCUCAAACUUGAUCUUUCAGUAGGCUUCAGGUGCGUCAACAACGCAGUGAUGAAUUUAAGACAAGCCAAUUCUCUUUCAAGUUUAUAUGCUUCGAGACAAUUUUAG